CUCACCCUCUCUCUCUCUCUCUCUCUCUCAAAUGGACUGCAAACGCAGCCGGAUCUGCCUUCUGAUCUUCUUGCUUUCGUCCCUUUUCACAUGGAAUGUAGAUGCGGCGACGGCGACGGGAACCGCCGCCGCAGACGCGCCGGGCACCGCGGCCAGGCCGAACCCUUUCGCGCCUAAAGCCGCCUUCCUCCGCUACUGGAAGGCGCAGCUCUCCGGCGGCGGCGCCCCGCCGCCCUUCCUCCUCUCGAAGGCCUCCCCGCUGUCCGCUGCCGCCGCCGCCCAACUCGCGAAGCUCGCCGCGGGGAGCACCCUCGCCUCGCACCUCCGCCUCUUCUGCUCCCUCGCCGACCUCUUCUGCUCCUUCGACGAGGGCCUGAGGAGCCACCGGAAGGACGUGGACGAGGACGUGAACUUCGCGGUGUACGCCAACAAGCGGUUCGCGGGGUACGGCACGGGCCGGCUCGGCGGGGCGGACUCGUUCAAGAACUACUCGGAGGGGCUCAACACGCCUGACUUCUCCUUCAAGAAGUACACCAAGGAGGGCUCGGGCCACAGCGAGGGCUUCGCCAACUACGCGACGGACGGCAACGUCGCCAACAGCAGCUUCGCCAAUUACGCGUUCGGAGCCAACGGCGGGUCCGGCGACUUCAAGAACUACCACUUGAGAGUGAACGUGCCGAACCUGCUAUUCACCACCUACGACUCGGACGGCAACGAUCACAAGCGGUCUUUCACGAGCUAUAACCAAGACGCCAACACCGGAGGCCAGUCCUUCACGAGCUAUGCCAAGCACGGGAACAGCUCCCCGACACAUUUCGCCACCUACAGCGGCGACUCGAACACGAUUUCCUCGACCUUCUCGGGCUACGGGCUGCUGGGCAACGCCGGAAACGAAACGUUCACGAGCUACGGUGGGAACGCGAAUGACCCGCAUAACACGUUCAAGGGCUAUAGCACCGGCGGGAACUCCGCCACAGAGAGCUUCACGAGCUAUCGGAACAAAGCCAAUGUCGGCGACAGCUCGUUUCAGUCCUAUGCCCGGAGCGCCAACUCCGCAAAGACGACAUUCGCGAGUUACGGGAAGUCGUUCAAUGAGGGCAACGACACGUUCAAAGAGUAUGGCAAAGGAUCGAAAGGCCAGACCACAAUCGAUUUCAAGGAGUAUAGUGUCGAUCGAAAUUUCAAAGAUUACGCCCAGAAGGGUGUCACAUUCGCUGGUUAUAGCAAUGUUUCAAGCGAAGCACAGCUAUCGUCACCUUCUUCACGUACCAUCAGUGGCGGCUCCGUAAAUAGGUGGGUCGAGCCGGGCAGAUUCUUCAGGGAGUCCGAGUUGAGGCCGGGGACCGUUAUGCAAAUGCCCGACAUCGUCGACAAGAUGCCCCGAAGGUCAUUUUUGCCCCGGGCCAUCGCAUCGAAAUUACCGUUCUCGACCCAGCGGCUGCAGGAAGUGAAGGAGCUGUUCGCCGUGCAGGAGGGCUCAGCCACGGAGCAUGUGAUCCUCAACGCACUGCGCGAGUGCGAGAGGCCACCGAGCCGGGGAGAGAUGAAGCGGUGCGUCGGGUCCGCAGAGGACAUGGUCGACUUCGCAUCGUCCAUCCUCGGCCGCGGCAUCACGGUCCGGACGACAGAGAACGUCAAUGGGUCGAAGCAGAAGGUCGUGAUCGGUUCGGUCAGAGGGAUCAAGGGUGGAGAACCGACCAAGUCGGUGUCGUGCCACCAGAGCCUAUACCCAUACUUGUUAUACUACUGUCACGCUGUGCCUAAAGUGAAAGUUUAUGAGGCUGAUAUUUUAAACUUUGUGGGGAGGAGUAGGAUUAACCAUGGGGUCGCCAUAUGUCAUCUCGACACGUCGUCGUGGAGUCCGGACCACGGUGCAUUUGUGGCGCUCGGGUCCAGACCCGGGCAAAUAGAGGUGUGCCACUGGAUCUUCGAGAAUGACAUGAUGUGGACGGUCGUGGAUUGAGCGAGGAAUUGCCCGAUUGAGGCGGGUCCAUGUGCUCAGAUAAAAUUGGACCGUGUGAUCUGGUGGGAUUCAUGUGGUACCUACAUGAACCCACUAUUGUUAAUAAUUUAGAUUCAAUUUAGUUCAUAUUCGAUACUCAAUGAUAAUUUCUCAAGCUAGGUUGCGAUAUUGGUUGAACCAACCAGAAAGCUUUUUCCUUCUA